AUGUCGACUUCUGCCAUAUGUGGAACUAUAUUAUUAUUGUUUAUUGCAUCCUUCGUUUCUUUAGCGUAUUCUCUCAACGGCGAUGGUCUAUCUCUCCUCGCCCUGAAAGCCGCCAUAACCACCGAUCCAACUCGUGUCCUCUCAACCUGGUCCGACACCGAUUACACACCUUGCCUCUGGGUCGGAAUCUCCUGCGAUCACAACCACCAAGUCACCUCUAUUUUCCUUCCCUCCCGGGGCUUCACCGGUUAUCUUCCCUCUGAGCUCGGUGCUCUCCUAUCUCUCCGCCGACUCUCUCUCCCCCAUAACAACUUCUCCGGCGCCAUCCCUUCCCACCUCUUCAACGCUACCCAUCUUCUUUCUCUAGACCUUUCCCACAACUCUCUCACUUCCCCCAUUCCCUACCUAAUAACCUCCCUUCAAAACCUCAAUCACCUCGAUCUAUCUUCAAAUCUACUCAAUGGGUCUCUUCCUCAAGGACUCGAUAAUCUUCCCAACCUUGCCGGAACCGUCAAUUUCUCCUAUAAUCAUUUCACCGGGGAAGUACCGUCGUCGUACGGAUUACUUCCAUUAAUGGUAAUCUUGGAUCUCCGGAAUAAUAAUCUAACCGGAAAAAUUCCGCUUGUUGGAUCAUUGCUGAAUCAGGGGCCAACCUCCUUCUCAGGCAAUCCUUAUUUAUGUGGGUUCCCGCUACAGACGGCAUGCGCAGAACCAGAAGCGCAGAACCCUAGGGUUAACUCUGUUCCUAAAAAUCCAACCUUUAGCAAGAAUGGUUUGGAGGAAGGAGGGAGAGGAAAGGUGGGAUCGGUGACGGUUCCGAUAAUAUCGGGGGUAACAGUGGUGAUUGGGGUGGCUUUUGUGUCGGCGUUGAUGCUUCGGAAGAAAUGGAGGAGGUCCGAGGAGGAGGAGGAGGAGAGGAGGAAGAGAGCAGGGAAGGAAGAGGAGAAAGAAGAGAAGGGGGGGCAGCAAAAGGGUAAGUUCGUAGUGGUGGGCGAGGGGUUGGGGUUUGAGUUGGAACUAGAGGAAUUGUUGAGGGCAUCGGCACGGGUGGUGGGUAAAAGUCGAAGUGGAAUAGUGUAUAAGGUGGUAGUGGGGAGAGGAGCGGGGACGGUUUUGGCGGUGAGGCGGCUGAGCGAAGGUGAUGCGACUUGGCGGCUGAAGGAGUUUGAAGCGGAGGUGGAAAGCAUCAGCAGGGUCCAGCAUCCGAACAUAGUGCGGUUGAGAGCUUACUACCAUGCGGAUGAUGAGAAGCUGCUGGUGUCUGAUUUCAUCGGCAACGGAAUUAGCUUGUACACAGCACUGCACGGAGGAGGAGGACCAUGUGCUUCUUCGCUAGCAAUAAUAUUAUCAUGGGCUGCAAGGUUGAAAAUUGCUCAGUGCACUGCUAGGGCUUUGACCCACAUUCACGAAUGCUGCAGCACCAGCAGCAGCCCUAGGAAGCUGCACGUCGUCCAUGGCAACAUCAAAUCCUCCAAAAUUCUCCUCGACGAUGAACUCCGUCCCUACAUCUCCGGCUUCGGACUCGCUCGUCUUUGUAAAACGGCCGCCGCCACCACAACCCAUCACAAACGAAAUCAGCUGGUUGCUGCAACAACUCAAAAGUGUGACGACGUCUACUCCUUUGGGAUGGUGCUUUUGGAGAUGUUGACGGGAAAGGUUCCAGACGCGUCGCUUGACAACUUUGUGAGAAAAGUUUUCAGGGAGGAGAAGCCUCUCUCCGAGCUCAUUGAUCCUGCGCUGGUCGCCGAGGUUCAUGCCAAGAAGCAAGUUCUUUCCGUUUUCCAUACCGCAUUGAAUUGCACGGAGUUGCUACCAGAGCUGCGACCACACAUGACCACAGUUUGUGAGGCUCUUGAAAGAGUUAGCUGCUGA